AUGUGUAUAUAUAUAACACUUCUAAUAGUUAGAUGUCUUAUCGUCUUGUUUUGGGAAAGAGAGAAGUCGUCUCUGCGUAGAAAAAAAAAAUCCAUGGCAGAGGCUUUGAUUGACGACGAUACAGUUUAUGUUGCAGUAAGCAAAGAUGUCUCUGAAAGCAGACUGACUCUCACAUGGGCGUUGAGGCAUCUCCAGCUCAAAAAGCUUUACCUUCUUCAUGUUCAUCAACCCAUUUCCAUCGACCCUACUUCAAGUGGGCUUGAGCAAAGCGAGAUCGAUGCAAUUCAGGCGUCCGAACUGACGAGUUCGUAUGAGAUUCUUCACAAGUACCGUGAUAUCUGCGUAGAUGAAGGAAUUAUCGAACAAGAUGUGGAUAUUUCCAAUAUUUUGGCAAAUAAUGUUGGCGAAGGGAUUGUGGAACUUAUCUAUGAAAACAAUAUCAAGAAGCUUGUUAUGGGAGCAGCUGCUGAUUCCCAAUACUCCGAGGGCAUGGUUAAUAUCAUAUCUAGAAAAACCGAUUAUGUGACUAGACACGCUCCUCAUUGCUGUAAAAUAUGGCUUGUGUGUAAUGGAAACCUCAUCCAAACGAGGGAGGGACGGUUUGAUCGUAGGGGUUCACCGCACUCCUCUGAAUCCUUAACCAACCUACAGGGCCUUGAUUCUGCUCUGGUACCAUACGAGGAAGCAGUGAGAGCUGAACAUGACAACGAGUCGCAUUUUUCAGCUAGAGGGUUUGAGACAAUGUACUACGAAGAGCAGAGACGGGGACUAGAAAUUGAGGAACGCAGGAGAAAAGCGGAGGAGGAACUAAAUAGAGUAAGAGCAGAAAACGAAAACAUGAAGGGGAUCCAAAAGGAACUCGAAGAACAGCUUUAUAUUGACUGCCCCCGUCGGUUUGAAAUGUUCGAGAAAGAGCGAGAUGAAGCUAUCAAAACAGCUGAAGAGCUUUUGAGACUUCUAAACCUGGACAACAGUGAGUCAGCAUCAUCCUCGUUUCAGCGGUCGGUUUCCAACGAGCCUCCCCAAUAUUUUAUCUGUCCCAUUUCACAGGAAGUAAUGCGAGAGCCUAGUUUUGCAGCCGAUGGGUUCACCUAUGAAACUGAAGCCUUAAGAGAAUGGCUCAACAAUGGUCACGAGACCUCACCAAUGACGAACCUUAAGCUCGCCCACAGUAACCUUGUCCCUAACCGCGCCCUUCGUUCCGCCAUUCAAGAGUGGCUUCAAGGAAACUCUUAAAGAAUCUCUGGUUAGUUUUGUGAUUUAUGAAUGUCCUAAAUCUCAAGUUGAUUAUUUGUGUGUUGGUUAAAAAAGUUGUUAUGAAUAUGAUGAGUGGAACACAUUUAAAAAAACGGUUUGGUUCUCCCAUUUAACAGCCUAAGAAAUACGAUCUAACUAACGGUGUUCAAUUCGGUAAACCGAACCGAACCAAGAUAAAAAAAGUGAUUUGGAUUUAAUAAUACUAAAUAGAGUGAAUGUAUAUCAUUUUUAAGAAAUUAUGAUAAGUAGAUAUGA